GUUUAAUUGACAAUAUAUUUUCCUAAGCAUCUCCUAGGGUUUCCCUCUCUUCCCCUUAAAUAUCUUUGUUAAUUGAAUAAAGAAUUGAUCUUUAUAAAUGGAUUAAGAAUCGCGGCUGGCUUAGAUGCGUACAGUGCAGUGCAGGCAUGGGUGAUGGUGUAGCAAAGAGUGGUGCGUACAAAUAUGACGACGGAACAAAAUAUAUCGGCGAUUGGAACCGUAGAGGAUUGAAACACGGCGCUGGCCUAUUGGUGUUACCGGAUGGAACGCGGUACGAUGGAGCGUUUCAAAAUGGAUUAUGCUCCGGCUUGGGAGUUAUUGUAUUUCCCGACGGAGCGAAGUAUGAGGGAGAAUUUAUGCAAGGAUGGUUUCACGGUCAUGGUGUUUUCUGGCGAGCCGACGGAAUGAAAUUUGAAGGAGAAUUUCGCGGAGGACGUGUCUGGGGUUUAGGUUUAGUAACUUAUGCCGAUGAAUCGCAUGGAUUUCCGAGAAACGAAGGUUUCUUUCAAGAUUGCAGAUUAGUAAGACGACGACGUUGUCCUGACAUAAUACAGAAAGCGCAAAAAAUUUCUAUGAUGGCACGUGCUCAAUGCAGUUAAGCGGAAAUAGAAUAAAUUGUAGAAGCAUAACUAAUAAAAUAGAACGAUUGGAAAAAGAAAUGCAGAUUUAUCGUCAUUUAUAUAAAAUUAAGAAUGCGCGUAAUGUGAGUGAUACCAGUUUUCUGAAUCCAAUGAAGUAUAAUUGUAACGAGUUACGCCCUAAAAAAGAAAA